GGGGCAUUCCUUGUAGCGAAGGAAAACUGAGAAAGACAUUCUGAAUUUUGCCUGGAGGUUUAGAGAGCUGGCAUUGUUCUAUUGCAUUUCAACGUAAACAAUGCCAACCAAACCAUCAGAAAACUGUCGUUAAUUUCACAUGACAUUGGUCACCACAAAAUUAUUACCAUGGCAACACAAGCAGCAGUUCAUAAACGCAACCUUGAGAGUUCCAUCCUCUUCAUGCAGACUGAGCAUGCUCAAACACUAAAGGGUCUCCAUGAAGAAAUCAAGAACCUCCAGAAAAAAUGCUCAGACCUAACAUUCCAACUGAAUAUGCAAGGUAUAGGCGAUGAUUCUCCGGGUACUCAAAGUGCUCAAAUAGAAGAAUUAAAGAAAGAAAUCCAAGAUCAAAUAAAAGAAAGGGCGGAGUAUUGUCAGGAGCUGCAGAGAAAGGACAAGCAAAUCAAACACCUGGAGACCGAUGUCAAGCGUACAAAAAUCAAGCACCAGGAGGAGCUGCGUAAGCGGAGUGAGUGGGAGGAUAAGUUACGAGCCGAUCUGGAAUCCAAGUCUAAUCAGGUAGCCUACUUGACAACAGAACUACAUAAGCUCAAAAGAUUACAGUUAGAAAGUGCUUCAAAACAGACUUACAUAGCUAAUGCUCAUGGCCUGGUUCCCGCCCCUCCAGGCCUUCCCAAGGAGAGGAUGUCAGGAAUAAGGCGAGGUCAUCGAGGGAUGCGCAAACCGGAGCCUGAAGAAAUCCAUCCUGUCCGCACUGGGUCUGGGAGUACGUCCAGGUCCGAUUCACCGGUUCUGGAGGCUGCCAGGUCUUUUAUUGAACGAGAUGAAGUUGAGCCAGAAAUUCGUGAACGCAAACUCCCAACACUCCCCCCUAUUAAAGCUGCCACUAAUGAACGCCAUGUCAUGUUCCAAAAAGUUGUACAACCCUCUCAUCGCAAAAAACAUGUGGAAAUCUCGCAGGAGGUGCAAGUGAUUGCUGUGGAUCACAUGCCCACAAAGGAGCAGAAGUGGGCCACCCACGCCCAGGAAUCAAGAAGUUCCGAAAUGAACUGAAACUUGUCACGUUUGCCAAAUAUUUUGUACUGUGUUGUGUUCCUUGUAUCAGUUGUUUUUAUUUUAUGUAUGUUGAAGACUUGGGAUCUAGGGGACCAAGUGUAGCUCUGAUGCCUAUAAAUGAAAUGUGAAUGUGUGUUGAUUUCAUGAUAGAGUGAAUCUCUAUUUAUUUUCAAUCAUGACUUUUAUGUUAUUAUUGUAUGUUUAUUUUUAAAACAGAGAAGAAGCUGUGUUAUUUACAGAGAGUUCUGUAUCUUGUUAACUUGAUGCUUCACUCCGUCCUGGGUCUGUGGUCUUUCACAGUUACUGUGAUACAUUGACAAGUCACAAUUUAUAUUGGCAGUAUAACAUUUGUGACACUUUGUUACUUUGAGAAACUUUUUGGCAUAUCAUGUCUUGAUGUGCAUGAUAUAAUCUGUAAUAUUUUAUAAGUGAACUGCUUUUUAACUUUUGACAAAUUUUUAAUCAUUCUCUCCAAGUUUUUGAUAGAUUUUAAUUAUCAUUCAUUUUCUCACUUUGAGUUUUAAGCCAAAUUAAUAUUGUUGUUGUUUACUGUUGUUUUAAACUGUAAGCGAGUUUGCACCCAUCUUUAGUGUAAAUAAAACAGUUUUUUUUUUCAACAUUGUUCUGUUGUUUAAGAUC